AUGUUUUUCCACAUUCCUCUGGAGCACUCGAUCCAACUGCAUCCGCGGUACUUUGGGGCGCAUUUGGUGGACACCGUGCGCCAGAAGCUGUUCGCUGAGGUGGAGGGCACCUGUAGUGGCAAACAUGGGUUCGUUAUCGCAGUCACGACUAUCGACAACAUCGGCGCCGGUGUUAUCCAAUCGGGCACUGGAUUCGUGACGUAUGCCAUCAAAUACAAGGCCAUAGUCUUCAGACCAUUCAAGGGUGAGGUCUUGGAUGCGGUCGUGACUCAAGUGAAUAAAGUCGGCAUUUUCACCGAAAUGGGAGCCCUUUCGGCCUUC